AUGUUGCCAGUGGUACCAAUUUGGGUUCGAGUCCCGUGGAUAUUGCCGGUGGGACUCGGACGAGGUGUAACCGGCAGUCCACUCUUGCGGGGAGGAUUUUGGGCAAAAUGCCGCAUUCAUUAUCUGUUGACAGUCUCGAGGUCCUCCUUAAUUUGGCCGUACUUGUUUACCCUCACCCCGGCCCGACUGCACAUGCAGGAGGCGGCUACUCAAAGCGUCACCAACAAGUACCGCAAAGCCCAGGCGCAGAUGGAGGAGACGGAGCUGCGCGCCAGUCUGGCCGAGCGUCGCCUCGGCAUUGGUCCCAGCUACGGUGGCUCUAGUCUACACCUGAACAGCGACGGGGAGCCGGCCUCGUCCACUCUGCCCAACGGUCGUGGUACCAGCCUCUUCGGCAGCGGCGGUGGCGGUUUCUACGGCACUCUCAAGGCGGCCUCCCGCUCGGGUCGGUCGUUCACUCGCGAGGCCUCAGUUCUCAGCCUCGCCAGCGAAGUGUCCAGUCCAUGCCUCGGUCGUCUCAGCCACACGCCGCACACUCACGGGCUCGGCCAAGAGUCCGGUCUACUGACAACCUCGCGACAGCAUCGGCUCAGCCGACGCUCGACAACAAGCAGUCAUCAGCCUAGCAACCGGCCGACCGUCGUUGAGGCCGGCAGUCGCAUGGCACCUCUUCACCAGACGCACAAGCCCUAUUCCCAGUACUCCGGCGGCCCCCUCGACGACCUGCCGACCUGGCCCGACAGAACGGACGAGUCGCAUCAUAGUCUUCUGCCGGCCUCCAGUGACUUCACACUCUAG